CAUAAGUAAAUCAUCAGAUACGUCGAUUUCUUCCAUCAACACCGCAGUCUACCACCCUCGAAUCGGAUCGCAACCCUUCAGGUUUCUUCCAAAGACUCGGAUUUCUUAAAGUUAUCGCCGAUCGAAGAAAGCGACGCUCGAUCGGCUGAUUUUGGCUUUUGAUUCAAGCAAAUCGAACGAUUGUUUCAUCUAAAGCUCAACAUGGAUCGUCAAGGAUUUUUAUGAUUGUUUGAUCUAAGAUCUAGAUUUGUCAUCGCUUACCGGUUCCAGGGUUUUCUUGAUUGGAUUUACUUGAAGAUCGACCAGCCGAGACGUUUUUAAUUUGGAUUUUUGAUCUGACAGCAGCUCAAAGAUUGAACUCAGUAGCUGAUAUACUAGAAUGGGCCUGGAGCUUAUAAAGUUCAUUAAUUCGGACUUGACAUGGAAAGCUGUUAAAAAGGGUCAUAGGAACACGAAGAGGCGCCCAAGGAGGCCUGGGGCAAGGAGCUCUGAGAUUGGUCUUGGUUUGGGCAAUAAAAUGCAAGACUCUUUUGUUUUUGAUUAUGAGAAGUCCGGUGUAGCCGUUCUUGGUCAACACUUUGCUGAGGAAGUACUUGAUGUUCCUAUAAAGAAAAGAAUACUCUUGCUUCAGUCUCCAUUCCUCAGUGGUGAAGGGACUAGGUCACCUGAACCUCAGACUUCCUCUCCCCAUCAAGAAUUAGAGUUGCUUGUGGGCACUAAACAUGCUUCAGGACAGCAGUGCCAUCCAAAUUCACCAUCUAACAUCUGGGCAAUGAAGUCGAAGAAUGGAUUGAUCAACAGUGAGCACUUAAAGCUGACGGAGAAAGAGGUUUCUGAUCUGAAUGACUUCUCUGGUAUCGAACUUCUUGCUGCUGCUGCAUGCUGUAGUUCUGUUUAUGAUAGGUCCGGUCUCAUGGAGUCUUUUGCAAUGGAAGACCACACAACACCAAGAGUAGAUUCAAAUACUGAUGGUAUAAAAGAGAACAUUGCCCCAGUGGAAUCAGAUGAUUCAUCAGUUCAAGAUAGCACAUUUCCAGCUACACAAAACCUUUGUGAUAAUGAGAAUGAGGGGAGUGAUAAAAGGGCUGUUCCUUCAAAAGGAGUCCGGUUGCAUUGGGACUUGAACACUGUGAUGGAUGAGUGGGAGGAACCUUGUUGUGAUAUUCUUGUUGAUCCUCAUUCCGAAAAAAGUUGUUUAAAAGAUGUUUAUGAUGAUAGUUUGCGGAAUGCUAAAGCGAACUUGGAAGGCUCUGAAACUGGAAUAUCUCAAGUUACAGGACAUGCGAAUCAGUUUGGGAAGCAUGAUGCUGCUGUCUCGGUUGUGCCCCUCAGCAAACCAGAGAUUUCUGGUCUUCAAGAAAAUAAUGAUGGUGAUUCAUUUGGAAAUACAUAUCUUGCUUCUUCAAGGAAGGUGGUGGAGGCAAUUACGUGCAAGACAUCAGAUGCUGAGAGUUGUUUAAGUAAAUCAGAUGUAGUUGAUUCAUUUAUGCAUCCAGCCAAGUGUGAAAACUUUUCUACUUCAACUGCCUCUGUUUCAUUAGGAGAAACCACUAUAAAGGUAGAAUCAAAUACCUUACAUGACCUCCCGAUGUACUUUGAGCCUUCCAGUAAGUCUGCUGUUUCUGAAGUAGUACAAGGUGGAUCUCUAUCUCAGAAAGGUGACGGUGAUGAUAAGCUUAUUUCAGAAGAUCGUCUCAGUGAUUGUUGUGUCUCAAAUGUUUCCCAAGAUGAGCGGGGUCACAUGGCUGAGGGGAAUACGGUAGAAAAAGUUAAGGCAGGGUAUGAUUCUCCAGUUGAAGAUGGUGAGUUAAGAGAGCCAAUUAGAUACCAGAAUGAAGUUGAGGAAAGGGAGUGUGUUGACUAUGAGUCUGAUAAUAUAUACGAAGAUAACUUUGAAACUAUUGAAUCAGCUAAGAAUAAAAUAUCGAUUGAACGUCACCAAAUCAUUGAAGAUGGACGCUUUGCUGUACCAAACAAUGACAUUGAACAAGGUCAUAAAGCAGAUGCCUCCAAGAGACCAAAUCAUCUAUUGGGCUCUAAAGCCUCUGGGUAUCAAGUGCAUGAACAUUCUCAAUGUGCUAUCGUAGAAGGAAAGGAUGGCAGCCCUGAAAAAUUCCUUUCUGGGAGGAAAAAAGCCCAUGAUGAGUUUCCAGGAGCCAGUAUGCUUUGUAUUGAUAGAUCAACAUCUUUUGGUAUGCGCCAGAAUGGUGCUUCCAUACGACGGAGCAGAUCUGACAACAUUGGAGAUUCUUUUUCGCGAGCUGAGAGGGAUUUUGGUCCAGAAAAGUUCAUGGGAAGGGGUGGAGUAUCUUACCAAGGUCAUGCCCGAAAUGAUGCAAGUGGUCAAUGGGGUGAUUCCUCGGUGGGAGGCUGGGAUUCAAGAAACAGUCAUGGGUACCCCAGGCCCAAAAAUGUUAUUGGAGGUUCAGCCGCAAGGUCUGGUGAUGAACAUAUAAAUUAUAAUCCGAGGGGGGUUUGCAGGAGCUUCAACGCAAGGCCAUCACCAUCUGACAGAAAUGAAUCGUAUGGUAUUCGUAGGGGAACACCACCGGCAAGGGGUAUUAACCAUGAUAGAUGUAGGGGUGGAUCUGGAUUUCAUCUACAAGGGUUGAGGAGAGCCCCUCAAGAAGAAUACCAUGACCUCGAGCCAUCUUAUUCAGAAAGAAAAGUCCGUUGUUUUUCUUCCAAUAUCAAUCGAGGUGCUCAUAUUUCGCGAUCUCGGAGACGAUCUCGGUCAAGAUCUAGAUCAGGGUCUCCCAUAGCAUGGCAUUUUCAGAAAAAAAGGAAUGUGGAUUCAAAAAGGCAAAGCCCAGAUUAUAGACCUGAUGUAAGAAUUCAGGGAGAGAGACUUUCUUUACGGAAGAUCAGUUCUUCCAGUGAAAUCGAUGCUGGUCUUUUCUCUCCAACAAGGGGUCGCAUGUCUCCACAAUGCAUCUCUAGAAGCUUUGAUGACCGGAACAGUAUCAAUGGCCAAUUUAGAGACAGAAGAUCGUCACCAGUCAGAACGUUUCACCGGAACCAAAAGUUUGAAGCAGGUGGAUAUCUUGGAAGAUUGAAGUCAAAUGAUCAUUUCCGCCCUACUCCACGUCCUGGGAGAUUUCAACAGCUUGGUCCGAAUAGAGAGAAGUUUGAGGCUAAUGGUAACGAUAGCAUGAUACAUGAUGACAAAUAUGGAAUGAUGAAUGGAGGGAGGCGUUGUAGGUAUGAUGUGGAUGAAUCUUUCAAGACUCGCAACCCUCGUAAUAUUGAUAAUGGCUUCAGAUAUGCACGUAAUGAAAAUAGAUGCUUCAAAGAUUCAGUUGAAAGGGAUACAGCUCCUUUGUCAGUUGGGGAGGGAGAUUUUCGUAAAAAUGAUUUACAAAGGGAACGAUAACUUUCUUUGCCUUAGGUUAGGUCUGCAUUUUUCCAUGUCAGUUUGACAAGAGGAUCAUUAGUUAGUACAUAUAAGAUUUUUGAAUUCUUGAUCCUCUGGUCUUUUUAUAUAUAUUCCUUUUUUAUUACUAUAACUUUUUUUAGUUUACUUCUAGAUUAACUUGCUAGGGUACUGAUCAGCAGUGGUAUUUAGGACAAUUUUUAGUGCUGUCUGAUGUCUUGUUCUUAUUUGGUUGAAUACCAUUUUGAAUCGAAUUCAAGAAAAUACCAUUUUGAG